AUGUUUCCCGCUCUACUCCUCAUCGCGGCCUCACUAGCCUCCGUCAAUGCUCUCGAUUUCCCCAAAGGCGUUAUCGCCACUGGCACGAUGGGAGUAACCAAUCCACCAAAGCCGACAAUGGGCACACCUGUUAACCAGCAGUCUAUGGCAAGACUCAUCUCGCUGAACGCUGUGGACGACUUCUGCUUGUUUGCCCCACCGGAGCCCAAUUCAGAGAUUGGCGAGACCGAGGACCGUGAGGUUGCUUGGUGCACGAAACCUCGUAACAAUGCUCGACUCAUCCCUGACGGCGUUAUUACCGGCGUUUCCUUCCUUAAAACCCCUUUUUACGUUCAAGUUAUGGGCACGGGUGAUUUUACCAAGCUCAACAUCAGGAAGGGUGACGCUGGCGGAGAACUUGACCCUCAUGGCGCUACUGGCGCUGGCAAUCCCGCUGGUGGAAACGUUACGACCAAUAUCGUCGAUGGCAAAACCGACCUAAAUAUCGAAGAGUGGAUGAUGUUCAUUUCCGAUUCACAGUUCUGCGUUCGCGCUUGCACCAAUGCUAAUGCAACAUACGACGCGGCCCAUAUGUGCUGGCAUCAACUCGAUGUGAUGGGCUGCGAGUUCGUCAUGCCUGGAACGUACAAGGGGCCAGGCACAUUCGAGACUUGCGAUGCUGAUGUUGCCUACCCGCCCGGCUGGUACCCUGGAGUCGAUGCGAGCGGCAAGACCACCUUCUCCACAUUUGCUCAGUAUUUCACUGGUGUCUACACCGGUGGGGACGGCAAAGCCACAGGGUAUACCGUCGGUGACCUUGUCACGCCCACCACUGUCGCUUUCAUCCCCAAGUCCUCCAACUGUGUGACGACUGCCACGAUUGGAAAUGCGGUCGCUGUAACUCAGCAACCUGGUGCUUCAAGCGCCCCCCCACCCCCCAACGGUAGCUCAAAGCCUGUGUCUGGCUCCGCACCCGCGAAUCCAACAAAGUCUGGCUCUGUUGCUGGCUCACAAACUAACUCCGGUUCUCGUGCUCCUCCGGCCUCAUCCGGAUCCUCCGCUGCCUUCCCCAUGGCCCGCCUUGGAGGGAGUGAAUUCUUCGCAAUCGUCCUGGUCAGCCUCAUCGCUGGCAUCGCCGGAAUCGGACUCCUCCACUGA